AGUUUCCAUAGCGACCACAGUUCCAUUUAGACGCGGAUGGAAUGAUUUGACGUUCAUGGUUAGAAAACGGGUUAGCAAAGUAUACAAAACACAGACAAACACAGCUGCUAGGUAGACCAUGGAUGUCAGUCAAGAAGACCUGAGCAAACUGAGCAUCAACAACUCCUCUGAGGAUAUUGAAUUAGAUCAUUCUUAUCAGGAAGAUUUUUACUCAUCUGCUGAUGAAGAUCAUGCCGAUGAAGAUGAUGUUUCAGAUAAAAUCCCAGAAUCAAUGCUCAAAUAUUUUCAAGCCUCCGAGAACAGAGCAAGUCAGUUUGAAAAGCUCAUCCUUGAGGACAAUGAAGAUGAUGAUUCCAGAGCGGCUGAAGUGUAUUCCAUCAUUUCAAGUCGUUCUGAAGACCUUUUAAUGGAACUGGCCUCUGACUUAGGCCUACACGAGGACCCAGUGAAGUUAAAAGAACAAGUCAUGUUAGAGAUGGAGGAUGAGAAGUUGAACACUAUCCCCAACAAGGCCUGCCCUCACACUGUAUCCGACAGUGACAUUACAGACAGAGUGCCACACAACAGUGAGGAUGAUAUUGAAUGUGAUGCAUAUUUAAGGUCUGAAAAGCAACUCAGUUUGGAACUGAAAACUUUGGAGCGUAAGUUGAAAGAGGAGGAUGAGAGGAGAAUUGUGGAAUACGAGGUGGAGCGAAAGAAGGAGCAGAAUGAGCAGAGAGAAAAGGAGGAGGGGAGGAAACGCAGACAGAGAGACUUUGAGGAGGAGCUGAGGCAGAUAGAAGAGGACAAUAGGCAUCGCCCUACAGGCAUGGAGGAGAUGAGAGAAAGAGAGGCAGAAGAGAAGCUUCAACAAGAGUUUUUCAAACAGCAGGAGCUGAUCAGCAGCCUCCAGAGACAGAUGGAGGAGGAGAGGAGGGCCUUUGAGAAGGUGCAGGAGGAAAAGAGGAGGAAGACCCACCAGUCUCGAUGCAGGGCGGCCAUCACUAUCCAGGCUGCCCUCAGAGGCGUCCUGGCACGCCGGUGGACCAGGGCUGAGCUCCACCGCAGAAGAGAGGAACAAAGAAGGUCUGAGGAGGAGAGGAACAGGAGGGAGGAGAGGUGGAGGAGGGAACAGGAGGAGCAGCGGCUGAAGCAGGAAAAGGAAAACAGAAGGAGAGAGUUGGAGGAGCAAGCGCUGAAGAGGAGGAGCUUAGAGUAUGAGAGAGCCAAAGAAGAGGAUCGAGUCCGUAUGGAGAGAGAGAGACAGGAUGAGGAGGACAGAAGAAAGAGGGAGGAUCAGGAGAACAGAAAGGAGGGAGAGAGAAGAAAAGGGGAGAAGAAGAGAAAGAAGCAUGAAGAAGAGGAGAAGAGAAAGAAAGAAGAGGAGAAGAGAAGGAAAGAAGAGGAGAAGAGAAAGAAGGAGGAGAGGAGAGAGAAGGAGGAGCAGAUUAGGGAGGAGAAAGACAAGCAAGAAAGGGAGGAGGAGCGGAGAAAAAGACAGGAGGAUGAGGAGGAAAAGGAGAAUGAAAGGAAAAGCAAGGAGGAGGAAGAGAUUAGGAUGGAAUCAGAUGAGAGGAAACCAAAGAGCCUGCAAAAGCUGGGGACAGGAAUAGUGAAGGAGGAAAGUCAAAACCCGAGUGAGGAAAAAGCCAGAGAGGAGAAAUCAUCCGCCACUGAAUGUUCCCCCACUGCCAGCUCUCCCCCCAUUGACCCCAGCACCUCAGCCCCUCAGUCUGCCUUUGAGCGUAUGAGUGUAUCUCUACCAGAGCAGACGGAGCAGAGGAGACUGGCCUGGAUGAGGGACUGCACUUCCUGGUCCAAACUCUCCCUGCAGAAUAAGAGGAAGCAGCAGCAGGGGGUCAGGACCCAGAGGAGGAGGGGGGCGAGGAGGGCCGCUGAGGGGAGCGGUUUACCCCUCCUCUGCCCAGAAACACUCCUUCAGUCUGGGGCCUGGAACUCCCCUCAGGAGGUGACCACAGUUGUUCUGGAGGAUCUCCCUGGCUGUAGCCUCUCUACUUUGUCCCAAUGCCCCAGACUGCAGACCCUCACCAUGAGACGCUGUGGCCUUAAAUCCCUGGAGGGCCUCAGUCAAUGCACAGAGCUUCGCUACAUCGAUGUACAGGACAACUCAAUCACGUUUGUGGACUGUGAGAAUCUGGCUAACCUCCAAGUUCUUCGACUUGGCCGGAACCGUCUGACAUCCAUCCAUGGUCUGGCUGGUGCUGUGGAUCUGGACGUUCUGGAGCUCUCGCACAACUCCAUCACCCGCAUCGGUGGUCUGGAGCCAUUGAAGAGGCUGCAGAAGUUAUUGUUGGACCACAACCAGCUGAUCAGUACUAGAGGACUGAGAGAGGUGUACACGCUGCUACACCUGGACUUGUCUCACAACCAUCUGUCCAGUGUAGAGGGCCUGGACAACUGUGCUCUGCUCAACACCCUGGACCUGACGGGAAACAAUCUCAUUGAGCUACCCAGUCUGAGGAACCAAGUCCUCCUGGUGGAGCUCCAUCUGGAGGACAACAGCAUCUCCUCACUGGAGGGCCUGACAGCCUGCUGGCUCCCCCUGAUGCAGCUCCUCUCUGGGGCCCAAAACAGUAUAACACAACUGCCAUCACUGUGUCAUUUUGUGUCACUGGAGAAGCUGGACAUCAGAGACAACUGCCUCUUAGAGCUGCAGAACCUGUGUGAGAGUCUGCAGGGAUGUCCACUCCUCCGAGAGGUCCAUCUCACUGGGAAUCCCCUUCAGCAAGAGUCCAUGUGGAGGUCCAGUCUGCAGAGGGCUGUGCCGGGUCUACAGGCCAUAGACGGGCAGCCUGUCGGCUCCUCUCCAGCGCUCCCUGGCCCUGGUCUAGUCACGGCCCUGCUGCCUCAGAACAGCUUUCUAGCCUUCUGUCAGGCACAGCUCCAGCAGCUCCACACACUGCAGCACAGCCACACGGCACAACUCAGCGGUGCUCUCCCUCCCCUGGAUGCUCUGAGGCUCUCCCUCCAGCUCCAUGAUGAAGCUGUACAGCUGGCUGAGGAGCACAGAUACGCUCACGAAUAUGGAGACACCAGCAUCACCGACAAACAAGAUGACAGUCACAGGAGUGACACCGCCAGGGUUAGCAGGAUCCCUGCCGAAAAGUUCGAUGUAGAGGGUAUGGACAGACAUGGUGGUGUCAUGAACAGGAAGCAACCUGAAAAUAAGUCCUUUGGAAGUGGAAACACAAACACCUGGCCACAUGUGGUUCCCCUCAUCAGCCCAGCCAAUGACAACAGUGAAAAGCAGCCUCACCCCCCAGCAUACAGAUCAUUCAGCAGUCUAGGGACUGUGUCCACUAGGCCCGAGUUGAAGCCAGCAACGCCAGCUAGUUACACAAGUUCCAGCUCUACCUUCUCCGAGGAAAAAACGUCCCAUGCCACUGCCAAGCCCAGCAGUUCACCCUUCCCCAAAGAUCACAUCAAGCUGGACCUCAAAAACAUGGCAGCUGUGGUGAUCCAGUGCCACUGGAGAGGACACAGAGGACGUCAGAGGAUCCAGCUGCGUCCACCUCCAGGAGAGGAGCAAGGAGGAAGAAGAGGAAGAGAGAGGGGAAGAGUAGACACAGGACCCAGCCAUACUGGGUCAGAGCAGAGCCGUCUGGAACCAGAUUACGCUGCCACUGCCAUCCAGGCGGUUUGGAGAGGCUUCACCCUGAGGAGGAGGCUGGCUGCUGCUCUGGCCCAGGCUCGGGGCUUCAACCCCGGGGAUCACGAGGCCUUCGAGGAGGUGAACGUGGAUGAAUUUGUCUUUGAUGAGAUGGCACUAGAGAGAGACUGGAUGAUGACUUCGCUGCUGUCUGACGAUUCACCUCCCAAAACCCUCCUUCAUCCUCCUCCGUUCCCAGACCAGCUGCUUGGUCCAAAGCGUCCUCUGAAUCUUCCAAAUGCCAACCAGCAGACCAGCCCACCUGUUCUUCUGUGGAAGCCCAAGCAGGCCUGGAUGGGUGGGGAGAGAGCAGAGCCUGCUGAGCAUAGAGUUUCCCUUGACAGCAUCAGCAGAACUAAAUCUCCUGUCUCUGCGUCAGGGCUCAGUGGUCUUUCUGAGAGAUCUCCUGCUUCUGUGUCAGGGCUCAGUGGUCUUUCUGAGAGAUCUCCUGCUUCUGUGUCAGGGCUCGGUGGUCUUUCUGAGAGAUCUCCUGCUUCUGUGUCAGGGCUCAGUGGUCUUUCUGAGAGAUCAGAGAAGAUUCUGGAGGAGUGGGGGUUCAGAGACAGCCACACUGCUCUGAUGAUGCUGAAGAGAGCUCAGAAGAUGAAGUCUAAGAAGCAGAGGCAGAGAAAACUAUUGGACCCAACUGUACGCCUGGCCCUUUUCAGGAACCAUAGCAACCAGCAUGCCCCUAUGGAAGCACCAAAGAAGCCCUCUCCAGAGAGGAGAGACUACAUUAAAGCUCACCAGGCAGAACUAGCCCUGGAGGGAACAGGCAGAUUGGACCAAACACGGUUAAACCAGCAAGCACCAGGGAGGGUGGACCAAAUGCUGUUGAACCAGGACGCAACAGAGAGAGUGGACCAAACACUGGUGAACCAGGAACGCACUUACCAGUGGCUCCACACCCAGCCUGUGCACUCUGACAGCAGACGCCCUGAGAGUGAUGGUUUCCUCCCAGAGAUUGACCCAGACAUACUGAAAGGAGGCAGAGUGCAGCUCGUGGCUGUAGCAGGGUACAGAGAAGGUCCAGACCAGGCCCCAAUGUCGCGGGCCAGCGGAACGUCCAACUCCCCGCCUCACAAAGAACACAAUGAAGCUCAGAGAAACUUUUUGGGGCAACUAAACAAAGAAGCACCUUCUCCCCAAAGAGUGACCUCUGCCUCAUCUAAAAAGGAGCGCAUGUCUUUCCGGGAUAACCCUGUCCAGAUGAGUGGUGGCUGGGGAGGGGGCAAAAAAAGGGACAAACUGCACAAGUAACAAGACAUUUGUUAAUUACCAAGAAACUGGUUUAGCUUUAUUCACCGUAUGUCCAAAACAGUAAGCAUGACAACCAUUAUUCUGUUCACAGUAACGUUUUGACAGCCCCAUACAGUAUGUGCAUUAUGUUGACAUUUCAUUCAUUCUGCAACGUUUAACUUUUCUCCCCUCAAAAGUUUUGAUUGUCAUUAAUCUCCUAUACUAAAAUGUCUUGCAGCUGCCUUUUCGCUCUCAGAUCUGGCUUGGCCUCCGUGGGUCUUCUGAAAAUUAAUUAAAAGCAAUGGGAGAAGCCCAGCCCAAAUAUCUGCAGGCGUUUUCAUGCUGGUCAUUAUGCAUGGAUAUCGCUGCCUUAAUGCGACCUCAGCCAACACCGGAACGCAUGGAGCAAAGUCCCAAACGCUCAACAAAUCACACGCUUAAUAUGCAGACAAUGGUUCGAAAUAAGAAACAGAACAUUUCUAUUCUAAUUGUUAGGAUGUUUGUAUUUUGAUUUCAUUUAGAUUUAUUUUACAAGAUUUCCAGACCAGUCUCUGCUACUGUGGUAUAGUAGCCUUUGGUAAAUGAAAAUAUAGAAUUUAGAAUUGGGUCCCGUGUGUCUGAGUUGGUAGAGCAUGGCACUUGCAACACCAGGGUUGUGGGUUUGAUUCCCAUGGAGGACCAAUAUGAAAAGAAAGUAUGAAAAUGUAUAAAGUCGCUCUGGAUAAGAGCAGCUACUAAAAUGUACGUGUAGAAGGUGUCUUAUCUUAGAUGUUGCAUGUCUAAGAAAAAAUAUGAUUUUUUAAUGCUACUUAUUUCUUGCUGAAGUUGAUGAAGUGGCCCUUUUACUCAGCUGUUAAUAAUCAAGGUAAAUACAUUUGAGAUUCUAAAAUAAUGAUUAAAUUCAAGUUUCUUUUUUGAUUUUACUAUCAUAUACACUGAGUGUUCAAAACAUUAGGAACAACUGACAUAGGUGAAUACAGGUGAAGGCUUUGAUCCCUUAUUGAUGUCACUUGUUAAAUCCACUUCAAUCAGUAUAUAUGAAAGGGAGGAGAAUACUUUUUUAAGCCUUGAGACAAUUGAGACAUGGAUUUUGCAUGUGUGACAUUCAGAGGGUGAAUGGGCAGGACAAAAGAUUGAAGUA